AUGGGGAAUGAGGUUACUGCGUUGGGGAGUGAUGGUCAGGGGCAGGGGAGGGCGUUGUUUUUCCGGCAGAGGUGGCAGCCUUGUUUUGAUUUGUUGGAGGGGGCCGAGGUUGAGGGGGGAGUUGGGGGGCUGGUGAGGUUGUAUACCUUUCAGCAUCCUACUUCGAGGGUUUUGCUGGCUAUGAAAUACCCUGAGGCUGAAGUUCUGCUGGCUCAUUUGGCAGUGCCAGUCACGGGCCGACCGCUUUAUGAGACUCUGCAUAUUCUGAGCGAGGAAACUCAGUGGCCGGAAAGGUUUGAUGUGUUGGCUGGGCCAGAAGGCCGGUAUGAUCUCGUUGUCGUGGGCAAGGACGCUGAGCUUUCUCCUGAGGCACUGCAAACAUCACUUGCCAGCAAUGCUGUGGUUGUCACCAGCGAGUCUCUUACGGAAUGGACACCAGUUGCAACCGCUUCCGAAUGGACCGCUUAUCGCCCAGCAACCAACGUCUCCACAGCUCAGAUUGACUUGACAGUGAUCCUACCAACUGUUUCCUCGGAAACAACACGAGCCAUCCUGGAAGAACUUGAGGCAUCCCCCUACAUCGCCUCAGUUACCACCACCACCACCAUAAACGAAGUCACCGCUCAUAAUCUCGCCACCAAGCACGUUGUAGUCCUAAGCAGCCUUGACAACCACCCAAACCCCAUCGACCCCCCCUCAGAAUGGUUCGGCACCCGCCACCUCCUCACCCUUGAAAACAUUACCCUCCUCUGGCUCACCCUCGGCGCAACAAUCCAAUCCACCAACCCCUCUCACGCCAAAAUCCUCGGCCUCCUCCGCGUGGCCCGCAACGAAAACCAAGCCUCUCGCCUCCUCUCCCUCGACAUCCAACCCUCCACCUCCCCCGCCCUCAUCACAAAACAGAUCCUCCCCUGUCUGUUAACCGCCUCAGAAGAGGACUUCUCCCUCCACCACACAACCCUCCACAUCCCCCGCAUAGAAGAAAACCUCCCCCUCAACCGUAAACUCCCCUCCGGCCUCGGCAGCCUCCCCCAACCCUCAGCUUACAAUUCCCACCCCUCCCUCGCCCUCCGAGUAGGCAAAAUCGGCCUCCUCGAAACCCUCCACUUCGUCCCCCUCCCCCAAGACAACACCGCCCUUGGUGAUAACCAAGUCCUCAUUUGCGUUAAAGCCUCCGCCCUCAACUUCCACGACCUGGCUGUAGCGUUGGGGAUAAUCCAAGACUACAAUAUGGGCAACGAAUGCGCGGGUGUCAUCACCGCCGUUGGCGCCUCCGUUACUAACCUUUCCCCUGGGGACCGGGUGGUAGCUUACCGUCCUGGCCAGGGGGCACAUCAGACUUUUGUUCGUCAGGAUGGUGAGAUGUGCGUGAAGAUACCUGACACAAUGUCAUUUUCUUUGGGGGCGAGUCUGCCCGUUACCAUGACGACGGCGUUUUAUUCGCUUUUCACGGUUGGACGGUUGAAAAGGGGAGAAACGGUUCUGAUACAAAGUGCUGCUGGGGGGGUUGGGCAGGUGGCGAUUCAGAUGGCGAAAAAUAUCGGGGCGAGGGUGCUGGUUACUUGUUCGGAGGGGAAGAGGGGGUUGAUGAGGGAAAGGUAUGGGAUGGGGGAGGGGGAGGUGUUUAAUUCGAGGGAUGAUUCUUUUGUGAGGGGGGUGAUGGAGGCGACGGAAGGAAAAGGGGUGGAUGUGGUGAUUAAUAGUCUGGCUGGGAAACUGCUUCAUGCCACGUUGGGGUGUUUGGCGCCGUUUGGGAGGUUUGUCGAGAUUGGGAAGAGGGACAUACAUCAGAAUUCGAACUUGGGGAUGGAUCCGUUCAGGAGGAAUGUCAGUUUUGCUUCGGUGGAUAUGAUUUUGGUUUAUGAGUUGGAUAAACCCCUGGCGGCGAGGUUGUUGGGGGAGACGUUUGAGAUGGUGUUUUCUGGGGAGGUGAGGCCACCUGAGGGGUUGUUUGAGUAUUCUUAUGGUCAGGCGGAGAAGGCGUUUCGGUUGAUGCAGCUGGGGAGGCAUACGGGGAAGAUUGUUCUUACUGUUGAUGAGGAGGAGGAGGAGGAGGAGGAGGAGGUGAUGGUUGCCCCGCCGAGUUAUGAUCAGAGGCUGUUAUUCAAGGGGGAUAGGACGUAUCUUUUGUUUGGGGGGUUGGGGGGCCUGGGUACGGCGACGGCGGAGUGGAUGUAUCUUCGUGGGGCGAGGAGGUUUGCGUUCAUGUCCCGGUCGGGGGAUCAGAGUAGUGAUGGGAGGAAGACGGUGAAUUGGCUCAGGUCGAGGAAGGCUGAGGUCAGUGUUUACAAGGGGGAUGUGGGUGUUUUGGCUGAUGUUGAGAAAGUCGUUUGGAAGAUUGGUCCUUCGCUGGCUGGCGUUUUUCAUAUUGCGGUUGUGCUACAGGACGGCAUGAUCAGGUCGUUGUCGUUUGAUCAGUACCAGACCGGGCUGCACACCAAGUGCACCGGUGCGUGGAAUUUGCACACAGCAACGUUGGACAUCGACUUGGGCUUUUUCGUCUACUGGUCGUCGGUGUCGGCCAUCUGCGGUAACAAGGGACAAGGAGCCUAUGUUGCCGCCAAUGCGUACAUGGAUGCCUUCAUGCGCUGGCGACGGGAGCAGGGCCUUGUCGGAACGGCUAUGAAUCUUGGUGCUGUGCCCACGAGGGGCUUGGUUGCUGAAAAUGAGCUUGUCAGGAAGAGCCUCGACAGAAACAAGCUCGAUAUCCUCACGGAGCAAGAACUCAUGUUUUUGAUUGAGGAAGCAGUACAGCUGAAGAAGCCUGAUGCCGCCACAGAUGUCCUCGACUGGCAUCAGCUGAUUGUCGGCGUCAACACAAAGGAGCCUGAUGUUUGCGGUGCUGCAGCUGGUCAAGUGAGCACGGCAAGCCUCCUCGCAUCCGCAGGGAGCGGUGAGGACAAGAUUGCCGUCUUACAGCAAGCGUUCACCCAGAAAGUGGCAACAGUGUUGAGCACACCAACAGAGAGCAUUCUGCCAACCAACCCGUUAUCAUUCUAUGGCCUCGACUCGAUCGUGGCUGUCGAGUUCCGGAAAUGGUUCAAGGAAACUGCCGAAGUUGACCUUUCACUGUUUGAUAUACUUGGUGCAAAGUCCAUUCAGGGGCUGGUCGAAAAGGUCGUGGCGUCGAUGCCUGUUGCAGCAGUAUCUUUGAGCGAGGAGCGUGUGAAGACAGGUUCGGGUGAGAAGCAGACAUCAGCGAGUGUUAUCAAUGGCCAACAUGAUCAGAGCAGGAAGCUGGAUCACAUCCCGAGGCUCCAAACGUCUGGUCCGGUGCCAGUGUCAACUCAUCAAGCGAGAAUGUAUGCUCGCCAUGUCCACGCCGAAGACAAGUCUCAGAUGAACCUAUGUGGUGUCCUGCGCAUCAGUGGCCACCCAGAUCUACCUGCACUAGGAAAAGCCUUCCACGAGACUGUACGACGGCACCAAGCACUGAGCACAGCAUUCGUCCAAGACGGCAACCGGCUCGUUCAGUCACCAUCGCCAGAGCCGAAAUGCCGUCUGGUCAUUGAGGACGUAUCCUAUACCACAUCCCCUCAAACAGAACUCCAGAUCAUCAUCUCACAUCUUCGAAACCAACAACUCGAGAUAGCCAAAGGUGAAGUAGCAACUAUGACCCUCGUUAGAACAUCAGAAACCGAGUACUUUGUCAUCUUCAUCGCCCACCACAUCUGCUUCGACAGAGCCAGCUUCACAAUUCUCUCAGAUGACUGGAUGGACCUCUACGACGCGAUCCGCUCCAGUCGAGACCUCAACACGGUCCCCUCCCCACCCAUCACCUUUGCGGACUUCGCCCAAUGGCGCAACACCCUCCUCAAGUUCCCACCAGCCCUUGCAAACCUAGACUUCUGGACCCAAGAGCUCACCAACCUCCCAACCGCCGGCACCCUCCUUCCCUUCGCCCAGCGAAAAACUCGCCCCUCAACCUGGCAAACCCACCGCCGCCACUUCACCACCCAACUCCCCUCCAAAUUCUCCAAACGCCUAAAGCGCAUCUGCGCCCACCCCUCCUCCACCCCCUUUCACUUCCUCCUCGCUGCGUGGCGAGCCUACCUAUUCCGGCACACCGCCGACAAAGAUUUCACAAUCCUAAUGCUAGAAGGCAACCGUCCCCACCCCGACGUCGAGUCUGUGAUCGGUUGCCUAGCUAACGUCCUCCCUCUCCGCUUCAACAACGACUGCUCCCUUCAGACACCCUUUGAGGAUGUCAUAACCUCCUCUCGGGACCUCACGCUUGAGGCGUUGGAGCAUGCGGAGGUGUCGUUUGAUGAUAUUGUCGAUCGUGUGGUUGGAAAGGAAAACAGACCAGAGAGAUAUAUGCCGCUGGGGCAGGUGGCGAUUAACUUCCAGAUGCAUGGUGGUGCGCCGUGGGAGUAUAGGCAUGCUGAUUUUGAGGUGGGGGUUCAUCGGUUGUAUAAUAUUGGACAUCCUUGCGAGCUGGUGCUUGAGGUUGUGGAGGGGGGGAGGGGGAGUUUGUGUUUUUUAUGCAGCAUUGCACUGUGCUUUAUCGUGAUGAGGAUAUGGAUCGGUUUGGGGAGGGGUUUGUGA